GUGAUUUACAUGAUUUUUCCAGAAUAGUACGUUUCAAAGUUUGUUCAUUACGAUAAUGUGGGAAAUUAAAAUGUGUUUAUUACAGGUCAUCUCAAUCAACCUGUCGGAAAUUGUUCCUCUUGAUGUUUAAUGUUUCCUGAUUGAUCUCAUAAGUACUGAUAAAUGGAACUUCUAGACAUAUUAGACAGCCCGAGGCUUAAAACUCCACGUACUUGAAAUUAUUUUUCACGUCACGUCAACUGAAUUAUAUUGAUUCUGAUUUACAGUAACACCAAGUGAAAAGGAAGAAGAUCUUGCCCAAAUGAUGUACAUUGUUUGCUUACUGAUUUUGGUAGUCACAUGUCACGGUCAGGAGCAACAAAACUGUUCAGCGACAGAUGACUGUAGCAAAGCACUUGGUAUGGAAGACAACAGAAUUAAAAACUCACAAGUUACUGGAGGAUUUGCGUACAACGGCGACAAAGCGAACUUCGGCUCCCAGAAUGCUCGCCUACAUCAUCCUCGUGGCUUCAGAGCAGAACCGAAAACUUUUCCUCCAUCGGCUAACACGAUAGGAAUUCACUUUGCUGAGGAAAAGGUUAUCACUGCCAUAGCGACCCAAGGAUAUGGUGGUGAAUGGGUAACCAGCUUCAAUAUGUUUUACACCGACUCUCUUGGAAACCGGCAGUCUGUAAAAGACAUUGAAGGGAAGCUGCUGGUAAGAUAGAAAGGCCGAACAUUAACAUUCUAGUUAGCAAUAGUGACUGUGUUGCCUCAGUUCUGGUGAAAGCUGUUCCACUAACAGUGGCCAGAGAGGAAGUAGAUAUUUCAUCAGUUAAAAUGAUAUGUUUCCAUGUUUGCAACUGUCGUUUGAAAUUGCUUUUUAAAUGUUAACUCGAUCCUGAAUCUUAGGCCAUCCUGACCGUUAAAAAAAGUAAGUUUUGUUGAAAGGUCCAGUAUUGCUAACAAAGCCGUAGCCAGAAUUAGGAACAUUCAUGUCGAAGAAAUAUCAGGAAAAAAAAGAACAUUUAUUUCGCACUAUUUUCUAAUACAUAACCUCUUAUAGGUUCUUACAGGAUUUUACAGGAUCCUAAAUAACGAAUUAACUUCAAACGUUUUAUCAAGGCAAGGGUUUCGGAUCGCCUGUUUCUGACAACAGCCCUGGCUAAGAUCUGAGGGCACAGGUUGGGUUAGCAGAAAAUGGCCGAAAACGUGAAUGAUUAAAGAGCCGGCAGUUACAUACGUAUAUCGCUAUAAAAAGAAGCGGAACAAACUGGGGUAUAAAAUAAAAUAGCAUUAUUCGUAAGA